AUGGGUGCGCAUAAGAUUGCAGAUCGUAGAGUGGUUGUUGGAGCGUUAUUGCUCCUCUUCUGCUGUAGUGCUACCCAUUGUCAGGAGACUCCUGACGAUACGAAGCAGUGGUGGGAGACGGCCGUGUUCUAUCAAAUCUAUCCGCGGUCCUUCUACGACAGCAAUGCCGACGGUGUGGGUGAUGUGCGGGGUGUGACGGCGAAGUUGCAAUACCUGAAGGAUACGGGCAUCGAUGCGACCUGGCUCAGUCCGAUCUUCAGCUCACCGCAAGUCGACUUUGGUUACGAUGUGUCGGACUUUAAGGAGGUGGAUCCUCUGUUCGGGACGAACGCUGAUUUGGAGGAACUGUUCAGGGAGGCCACCAAGCUGGGCAUAAAGAUCGUGCUGGACUUUGUGCCGAACCAUACGAGUGAUAAGCAUCAGUGGUUCAUCGAUUCGGAGAAGGGUAUUGCACCGUACAAGGAUUACUACGUGUGGCAUCCGGGCAAGAUGGUGAAUGGGCAGCGCGUUCCACCGAACAACUGGCAAUCGGUAUUCUAUGGUUCGGCCUGGGAGUGGAGCGAACUGCGCGGUGAGUAUUACCUGCACCAGUUCGCCAAGGGACAACCGGAUCUGAACUAUCGCAAUCCCGCCGUCAUCGCCGAGUUCGAUGACGUGCUUCGGUACUGGAUGGAGCGUGGUGCGGCCGGAUUCCGUGUCGAUGCGAUCAACCACAUGUUCGAGCAUCCGGAUUUCAUCGACGAACCGAUCAACAACCCGGGCGAUCCGAACAGCUACGGUUACACGCAUCACAUCUACACGAAGGAUCUGCCGGAGACGUACGAUGUGAUCGCCCAUUGGCGCGGCGUGCUGGAUGAUUUCGCUCGUCAGAAGGGUUCUGAUGGGAUUAUUAUGAUGACGGAGGCAUACGCGAACCUCACGAUGACCCUGAGAUACUACGAAUCGGACGAUGGGCGGGAACAACGGGCCCACUUUCCCUUCAACUUCGUCAUGAUCGAGGAGCUGGGCGAGGGUUCGACGGCGCACGAGUUCAAGUUCGUUAUCGACCGAUGGCUCAACAAUUUGCCACGUGGCAAGACGACGAACUGGGUGCUCGGGAAUCACGAUAAGCCGCGCGUCGCUAGCCGCUACGGUUCGGAGCGUGUGGAUGGGAUGCAGUUGAUGUUGAUGGCCCUGCCGGGUGUUGCGGUGACGUACAAUGGCGACGAACUGGGGAUGGUGGAUUUCCGCGACAUGUCGUACGAGGAUACGCUCGAUCCGCAGGGAUGUAAUCUUGGUCCGGUGGACUUCAAAUGGGCAUCCCGGGAUCCACAGCGGGUUCCGUUCCAGUGGGAUGACACGUUUAAUGCCGGGUUCUCGAAAGCUCCGCGUACCUGGUUACCGGUUCAUCCGCUGUAUCGGCAAACGAACUUACUGAAGCAGCAGGAAGCGGACUAUAGCCACUACAAGUUCUACCUGGAUGCGGUCAGCAUGCGCAAGGAUCGCGUGUUCACGCACGGUCUGUUCAAGUCGCGCGCGUUCGGUGAUUGGGCGUUCGCUUUUGUGCGAUAUCUGCGGGAGCACGAGAAUCGGUUCGACGAUCCGUACCGGGUGGUGCUGAUCAACUUCUCCUGGGAGCCGAAAAUGAUCGACGUGAACGAACUGUACGAGAUUCGCAAUCAGACCGAGGUGUACCUGGUUGGUACUGAGUCACGGCACAAGGUGGGCCACCGUUUGGAUGCCAAGCAGGUUAUGCUCGGUCCCUGGGAUUCGAUCGUCCUCGGACCGAUAUCUGCCGGCACUCAGCUGACGCUUUCCUUCGCUUUGCUCGUUCUCGCAGUAGUGAAGAGUUUCCUUAUCUAGGUUGCGUCGAUGUGAUGUUCCGAUGUAAUUCAUAUUCAUUAAUUUUAAUAAUCCACUUGAAGCACACCGAACGAAGAAAUAAACAUCCGGACCUUCCAU